AUGAUGCUCUCGACACUCAUUACCGUUGCCUCUACGGCAUGCAGCAUCUUCGCUUUACCCGUGAAACGACAGUCUAGUCCUCGCCCAACGGAAAAGCUAGGCAGAGGUGUCGCCGCCGUCCGUUCCAGCGCAAACUCAACCUUCAUUAGCUGGCUCCUCCUCGGUCUCGAUACCGAUAACAUUGGCUUCACCAUCUACCGCUCCAGCAACGGUGCCAAUACCACUCGUCUUGACUCUGAGAUCUUGACCAAAGGCACAAACUACCUUGAUUCGACCGCCAACCUAGGACAGUCCAACAGGUACUGGGUCCGCUCGGUCAUCAACGGGAAGGAGCAGUCACCAGCUAGCGGCAGCUUCACACUACCUGCCAACAACGCACAAGAGUCAAUUGUACGUGUACCGAUCAGGCCCGGUGCCCGUGUCAAGCAUGGAACUCAGCAAGACCUCGAAGCGUAUCGGAGAGACGGAAAGUUUCUCUGGAAGGUAGGGACGGGUCCGGACAGUGAGAACCAGAACAACAUCGAGCCAUGGUCCUCUGGUAUUGACGUUGGACAAUGGGACGGCGUCACGGUGUACGACCUGGGCAGCGAUGACAUUGCUGAGGUCAUCGUGCACAUCUCGACAGCCGAGGGUGCGAACAACGACGAGCAGUUCAUCGCAGUGUUGAACGGUAAGACCGGUGCUCUGCGCGCAACGGCUAGGAUCCGAAACGACUAUAUCGAACAUGGGCCUUUCGCUGCACGACUGGGCGUCGCGUUCCCGGAUGGCACACAUCCACAUAUUAUCGCGUUCAUGAAGAACCGACAGGAAGACAAGAAGUUCAACCGCAAUUUAGAUGCAUGGGUAUUUGAUGGCUCAAAGAUUACUGAGGAAUGGAUGUACGAUGACCAGAACGAUGGGAGCGGGUCCGACGGACACAACACUCGUAUCAUCGACGCAGAUGGAAACGGGAAGGAUGAAGUUGGAGAGAUCAUGUUUGUGCUGAAUGGAGACAGCACUCUGAAGCACGACAUGGCUAGUUCAGGCAUCGGCCACUGUGACCGCUGGCAGAUCGCUAAGAUGGAUCCCACUCGCCCUGGACUGCAAGGACACAGCGUGCUGUGGAAGAACUACGGCGAUGAGGUGGCUAAUAUUGGACGCGGACGGGUCGAUGACAUCGAUCCAAACCACCCAGGUAUGGAGCUCUGGAGCGAAGGAGGAUCGGGUCUGUACAACGCGUCCAGCGACACUUUGCUCGAGGAAGAUACUACGCUGUAUCCAUUCGAAUUGUACAACGACAGCAAGCUCGAGGAGUGGGAUCCAGCGAACCCCUCCAAGUCUGGCAGUCUGCCUCGUAUCUUCCGCAUCGACAAGUACGGUUCCAUCAACCCCGGUGAUCCGAACCCAGGCUUCCUCGGCGACAUCUUUGGUGAUUGGCAUGAGGAGGUUAUCACCACGAAUGCGGCGUAUGACGAGCUCAUCAUCUUCACUACUGAUCAGCCACGGAGCACCGGUUGGUAUCUUCAGAAUGCGCACGUCGAUUAUUACAUCGGUACCGGCAUGGAUAGACCGCCGAAGCCGAACAUUCGGUACAUCGGGGCAUAG